AUGCGUUUCUUCACCACCACCGUCGCCAUCAUGGCUGGUCUCAGCGCCAGCGGAUCCGCCUUCGUCAUCCACACCUACAGUGACGAGAAAUGCGAGAAAGCCGUCCAGAAAGAUGUCAAUAUCUGGGACAGUUCCUGUGCGGACUGGAUUGACGGCUUCAAGUCUUUCAAGAUCAAGACCUGGGGCGGCAAGCAUCAGAAGGCGUACUUCUUCGCCCAAGGUGGCUGUAGCAGCCUUCCUGGAGCGAUUGACAGCGGCUACGUGGAUUCCUCAACCCAUGACUACAAGCUCGGAGAAUGCAACUCUUAUGGUGAUACCAGUGUGAAUGCUGUUAACUCGCUCGCUGGUUGA